UUCCUCACAGUACGACGCCGUUUGAACCAAAAGGGCAAAAAUGGAAAACGAGAAAAGAGAAAAAAGACCAUCCUUUUCUGCAUACUUUUCUUCCCCAUGGAGCAAUGUUCCAAACACUUUGCUCCAAAUUUGAGCAGCGGCAACAAAACACAUUCUUCUUCUUAUUUCCGAAUAAAGGCUUCGAAUUUCCGAUCGCCGUAAUCAAUGGCGGUCUCGAAUCCCGAAGGCCCGAAACGCGACCCGAUUAACUCGAACCGGAAUACAAGUACAAAGGUGUGGCUGUUAUCAUUGCUACUGACGUUGCAGUACGGUGCUCAGCCUCUCAUCUCCAAACGUUUCACCAGCCGUGAAGUUAUCGUGACCUCAUCUGUUUUAGCAUGCGAGGUUGUAAAGGUAGUUUGUGCUCUGGUGCUCUUAGCAAAAGAAGGAACUUUGAAAAAGCUAUUUAAAAAUUGGACUUUGGUUGGCUCUUUGACCGCAUCAGGACUGCCUGCAGCCAUCUAUGCACUGCAAAAUAGCUUAUUGCAGAUCUCAUAUAAAAAUCUUGAUUCUCUCACAUUCUCGAUGCUGAAUCAGACAAAACUCUUUUUCACAGCAUUGUUUACUUAUAUCAUAUUAAGGCAGAAGCAGUCUAUUCAACAGAUUGGGGCUCUGUUCUUGCUGAUAAUCGCAGCUUCCCUUCUGAGCAUCGGUGAAGGAUCCAGUAAAGCAUCUGCUUCUCAUAAUCCCGAUGAAAUUUUAUUCUAUGGGAUUGUACCUGUCCUGGUUGCUUCUGUACUUUCUGGUCUGGCCUCUGCAUUGUGUCAGUGGGCUUCUCAAGUUAAGAAACAUGCGUCUUACUUGAUGACUGUGGAGAUGUCAAUAAUCGGGAGCCUUUGCUUACUGGCUAGCGCUUCUAAGUCUCCGGAUGGUUUAGCUAUCAGAAAACAUGGCUUCUUUUAUGGGUGGACUCCUUUGACAUGGAUUCCUGUUAUACUCAAUGCUGUUGGGGGUAUUCUUGUUGGUCUUGUGACAACUUAUGCUGGCGGUGUCAGAAAGGGAUUUGUGAUUGUUUCUGCUCUUCUAGUCACUGCUCUGCUUCAGUACAUCUUCGACGGGAAAGCACCUUCCCCAUACUGCCUUGUGGCUCUCCCGUUGGUCGUCACUAGCACGUCGAUAUACCAAAAAUACCCCUACCGUGUCAAGAAGAAGGAAUCUUGAUUUCAAAGGCUAGGAAAGUUGGGUUUACUUUGUACAUCAUUCAUUCGCAUUGAUGUGUACCAAAUUAUCAUUACAAUGAGAGGAGAAAAUAGCUCCAAUUUUAAGGAGCUUACUUUUUUCCUUUGAAGGUGGGCCAUGGCUAUGAUUUUAAGGGAAAAUUACAGUUUACAUCCCUUGAGUUUGCAUUGAUUUCACAUUUGGUCCCUAAUGUUUAAAAAAAAACACAUUGGUCCCUAAUGUUUCAAUAGU